CCUAUCAGAAGCUGCAAGAAGGCGUCGGGGCUGGAUCUCGCGGGUAUUGACGUGUACGUUUUGCCGCGAAAAACCAAAGCGUGGAGGACUGUGUUGUCUGCUGCACGUCACCGUCUUUCACCGACCAAAACCCUCUUUUGUAUUUAGCUAGAUUAAGUUAUUUUACUUUGUUCAUCAAGAACUACAUUAUUACCACUUUGUUUAACUUUACGGUCAAACAUGUCUGGCUUCGAUGAUCCGGGAGUGUACUACAGUGACAGUUUCGGAGGCGGCGAGGGACACGGAGACGAAAGUGCGUUGAAGCGCACACAGAUCAAGAAGCGAUUCCGUGAAUUUCUCCGACAGUUCAGAGUCGGGACUGAUCGUACCGGUUUCACAUACAAAUACAGGGAUGAUCUGAAGCGGCACUAUACGCUGGGGGAGUUCUGGCUGGAGGUGGAGAUGGAGGACCUUGCCAGCUUCGACGAAGACAUGAGCGACUGUCUGUACAAGCUGCCCUCGGACAACCUGCCCCUGCUGGAGGAGGCAGCCCAGGAAGUGGCAGAUGAGGUGACGAGGCCACGCCCCCCUGGGGAGGAGCAGGUGCAGCACAUCCAGGUGAUGCUGAGGAGCGACGCCCACCCUGCCUCCAUACGCACCCUGAAGUCGGAGCAGGUGUCCCGGCUGGUGAAGGUGCCGGGCAUCGUGAUCUCAGCCGCGGCCGUGAGGGCCAAGGCCACCAGGGUGGCUCUGCAGUGUCGAGGAUGUCGUUCUGUCAUCAGCAACAUCCCCCUCCCCCCCGGCCUGCAGGGCUACGCGCUGCCGCGCAAGUGCAACACCGAGCAGGCCGGCAGGGUGAAGUGUCCGGUGGAUCCCUACUUCAUCGUUCCAGACAGGUGUGUGUGUGUGGACUUCCAGACACUCCGCCUGCAGGAGUCACCAGACGCCGUCCCUCAUGGAGAGAUGCCCCGACACCUGCAGCUGUACUGUGACAGGUACCUGUGUGACCGUGUCGUCCCUGGUAACCGGGUCACCAUCAUGGGCAUCUACUCCAUAAAGAAGAUGGCCGCCGCCAAGGCCCGCGGGCGGGAGAAGAGCUCCGGGGUGGGGAUCCGCGCCUCCUACCUGAGGGUGGUGGGCAUCAGCCUGGACACAGAGGGGGCAGGACGAGGUGCCACCUCCUCUGUCUCCCCGCAGGAGGAGGAGGAAUUGCGAGCGCUGGCGGCCUCCCCUGACGUCUACGCCUCCCUGGCGCGCUCCCUUGCUCCCUCCAUCUACGGCAGCGAGGACCUGAAGAAGGCCAUCGUGUGCCUGCUGCUCGGAGGGUCUCGCAAGAGACUCCCAGAUGGUCUGACCCGGCGAGGGGACAUCAAUCUGCUGAUGCUGGGAGACCCGGGGACAGCCAAGUCUCAACUGCUGAAGUUUGUGGAGCGCUGUUCUCCUAUCGGGGUGUACACCUCAGGGAAGGGCAGCAGUGCGGCAGGGCUGACGGCAUCCGUGCUCAGGGACCCCCAGACGCGAGGGUUCAUCAUGGAGGGAGGGGCCAUGGUGCUGGCUGAUGGGGGCGUGGUCUGCAUCGACGAGUUCGACAAGAUGAGAGAGGAUGACAGAGUAGCGAUCCACGAGGCCAUGGAACAACAGACCAUCUCUAUCGCCAAGGCGGGCAUCACCACCACCCUGAACUCGCGCUGCUCCGUUCUGGCGGCUGCCAACUCCGUGUUCGGCCGCUGGGACGACACCAAGGGGGAGGACAACAUUGACUUCAUGCCCACCAUCCUGUCUCGCUUCGACAUGAUUUUCAUCAUCAAAGACCACCACGACCAGCAGAGAGACAUGACUCUGGCUCGUCAUGUGAUGAACGUCCACCUGAGCGCCCAGACGCAGCUGGACGGCACAGAGGGGGAGAUCCCUCUCUCCACCCUCAAGAAGUACAUCUCCUACGCCCGCCUGAAGUGCGGCCCGCGUCUGUCAGCUGGCGCAGCGGAGAAGCUGAAGAAUCGUUACGUGGUGAUGAGGAGCGGGGCGAGGGAACACGAGAGGGACAGUGACCGCCGGGCCUCCAUCCCCAUCACCGUCAGGCAGCUGGAGGCAGUGGUGCGCAUCGCUGAGUCCCUGGCUAAGAUGAGGCUGCAGGCUGUGGCAGGGGAGGAGGAGGUGGACGAGGCCCUGCGCCUGUUCCAGGUCUCCACCCUGGACGCAGCGCUCUCCGGCAGCCUGGCAGGUGUGGAGGGCUUCACCACCCAGGAGGAUCAGGAGAUGGUGUCUCGUAUCGAGAAGCAGCUGAAGAGACGCUUUGCCAUCGGAUCCCAGGUCUCCGAACACAGCAUCCUGCAGGACUUCACCAAACAGAAGUACCCAGAGCAGGCCAUCAUCAAGGUUCUCCAUCUGAUGAUGCGGAGAGGAGAGCUGCAGCACCGCAUGCAGAGGAAAGUUUUGUACAGGGUCAAGUAAGGGUCACCAGGGGUCACGGUGAUUGUCGGUGCAGGACAACGUCUGCUUGUCUCCGUGGUAACCUGUGGAGCUGCGGGUAUAUGCUUGUUUCCGUGGAGACCAGCGUGGUGGUGGAGAGAUGCUGUAUAUAGAGAUGUUACCAUGGAUAAAUACAUACAUAUUCAAACACAUGUGGGUGUCACUAGUGUAGCAUCUGUUGAAUUAGACCAUUAUGUUCACAUUGUGUAAAAUGUAUGUAACAAUAAUACUGUUGAAAUCUUCAAAUAUAUGUAACAGUUCCUCUGUUCAAUUGAGAACACAAGAUUCUGUCAGCGUGUGGGGCAGGGCUGGCUGAGGUGGUUUCUGCAGAUAAAUAAAAUUGAUGUUUUGCAAUAUGA